AUGGCCAAGCUAUGGAUUUUCCUGGCUUUGCCCUUAAUUUCCGCUUUUCCCACAGAAUUCCCGCCGGAUCCGGAGCUGGAGUUGGACUUUCUGGGUAUCGCGAAACGCUGGGAUUAUGAGGCGGAAGAGCACUUUGUGACGACGGCAGAUGGAUAUAUUUUGACUAUCCACAGGAUCCCAAACAAACAGCACCAAAAAGGAAUUCCGAACUGCGCCCGACCUACCGUAUUCCUGCAACAUGGCAUGGAGGGCUCGUCGGCUUCUUGGAUCCUGAAUCUGCCCAGUCAGAGCGCUGGCUUCACCUUUGCCGACGCUGGCUUCGACGUGUGGCUUGGGAACUUCCGAGGCAACGUGUAUGGCAAAAAUCAUACCAAGCUUGACCCGAAGGGACACGAAUUUUGGCAGUUCUCUUGGGACCAAAUGGGUUCGCAAGAUCUGCCAGCAAUGCUCAACUACGUAAUAGAUCAAACCAAUGCUGGCCAAUUAUAUUACGUAGCUCACAGUAUGGGAACGAUGGCGGCGUUUGCCGAAUUUUCGACGAAUCAUCAGUUGGAGCAGAAGAUCCGCGAAUUCCACGCCCUCGGUCCCGUCGCUUCGGUUGCUCACAUCAAAGGUCUUUUCGCCUGGUUGGCGGAUCGGUAUCAGUUUGUCCAGGAGCUCCUGAAAGACCUUGGCUGGGACCAGUUCCUACCACCGGACUGGUUGACGAGGCUUAUUGCUGAGGACGUUUGCGAGGACGCCGACACCUACAAGGACUGCGACAAUCUGCUGUUCUUGAUUUCUGGGAACAGUAACCAGUUGAAUGAGACCCGAGUCCCCGUCUACCUAAACCACAUGCCCUCUGGUACUUCCACGAACGUCGUCAUCCAGAUGGCGCAAAACGUGAAGGCUCAGAAAUUCCAAAUGUUUGAUUACGACGACGAGAAGGAGAACCAGAAACAUUAUGGACAGCCAACCCCUCCCAAAUACGCUGUCGAGGAUAUGACGCUACCAACCAGGUUGUAUUGGGGUUUCAACGAUACACUAGCGGAUCCACUUGAUAUUCAGUCCUACCUCAUCCCCCGCCUUCAAAGCAUGCGCAGCCAGAAGGGCUAUGAUGGCUUCGCCCACAUCGACUUUGAGUGGGGAUUGAAGGCACAUGACCAGGUGUUCGGCCCGAUCAUUGAAUAUAUCAACGAGGAUUGGAAGAACUGGAAGGGGCAGGAAUUUACUUGC